AUGCCUCUAAAAUAUGGACUGCUCUACUUUGACAAUGCAUAUCCACUCAAAAUGGGUUGGUGGGACAUUCGCUAUUCUCUCUUGCGUCCGGGGUGGCGAUCACUUGAGCGCAAGGCUAAAAACGAACUUGUGCCUUCUGAGAAUGACAUGCCCUUUCACUUCAAGAUCGGAGGUAUUGAGCCUAGACUGAAGGACGGUGGAAUGUUUGUACAUUUUUCAUAUGUACAUCCGAGCUCAUACACCACAAGAGAAGCACUCAAGGAAAUUGAAAGCAGAUGUGAACAAUAUCUAAUGAGUCAUGGACACUACAUGUGGUUUAAUUUUCAAAAAGUUCGGGCGUUCCUUGUCAAAGGUACACCGUUCCUUGAAGAUAUGGCCAGUCGAUAUCCCAACAAACGGAUCAGGAUCGAGUACUCAGGAGAUCUUGGCAUUGAAGGUUUAUACGAGCUCUUCCGCAAAUAUGGCAAGAUAGUGGAUAUCGUGCAGGUAGCCCCUAUUAAGGACAUGCCCAGGCAAGCGAUUGUGCAGUACCAAAUUAUGCGGUCCUCUACUAGCGCCAAAAACUGUCUUCAUGGAGCAGAUGUCAAUGGUGUCAAAAUCCAUGUGACGUAUGAGCGUACGUUGAAAGGCAAUGCUAUCUGGACCUGGCUUCAGAACCAUCCCAGAUUGAGUGUCCCAUUAGGAGGUUUCAUGGUGGCGGGAGUGUCAUUCAUCAUUUUCGAUCCGAUCCGAGUGUUCAGCAUGCAUGCAAAGAUCACAAAACUGUUCAACGUCAAUGAAUAUCCGAUUUUGAAGUGGCUAAGGAAAGAGACUAUUGGACGUCUAACCAGGGCACCCAUAGAUUCUCUUCAAGCCACUGGAUGGCGCGAAAGGGAGCAAGAAGAGGAAAAAUUACGUACUUGGCUGCGUAACCCUCCAGAGACGUUUGCGAUUGUUCAAGGGCCUCGUGGAGCAGGCAAAUCAGAUAUGGUAGAAUACGCGAUCAAGGAAAAGAGUCAUAAAGUUAUUAUUAGAUGUGAAGCACUCGCCAACGCUAGAAGCGAAAGCGAAAUCUUGACCAACUUGGCGAAACAAGUCGGAUACAUUCCUCUCUUCCAGUUCAUGAAUAACCUUAAUAAUAUGAUGGAUAUGGCCAUUACUGCCACUACAGGUCAAAAGGCUGGCCUUUCUGCAACAUUUGAAGGACAGCUGAAAAAGAUCCUGGAUACUUUAACCGUCGCUAUUCAGCAAGCAUCCCCUACAAAGGACAUGUCCGCGACGUCGCCAGAAGUAAUUAUGAAGAAAAUUGAGGCAACGUUGGAGCAAAAAACCCAGAAGGAACAGAAGCAAGCAGCAGCAGAUCCUUCCAAUCCUACAACGCAGCCUACAAAACCCAAACGUGCUAAAGCUAAAGGAAAAAAAGGGAAAGAGAAGGAGGAGGAGGAGAAAACCUGGUGUGAUCCUGGCGAUAUCCCUGUUAUUGUGAUCGAUGGAUACAUGUCAAGAGAAAAAGGACCCCAUGCAAAGGAACUUUGGACAUUCUUGGCCGAAUGGGCUGCGGUCUUAGUAGAGAAUCACGUUGCACAUGUGAUAUUCAUAAGCAAUAACGUUGGAGCUGCGAAACCACUUUCAAAAGCGCUGCCUAACAUGACGUUUGAGACAAUCGUAUUGUCGGAUGCAACGAUUGACUCUGCAUUAGAGUUUGUUCAUAAACAUCUCGACCAAGAGGUAUACCCCAACCUAAUUAACUCUGUUGAGGUUAUUGGAGGACGCUUGACUGAUUUGGAACUGUUUGUGCAAAAAGUCAAGAGCGGCAUGCGACCAGAGGAUGCUGUCAGUGACAUUUUGGGCAGGGCAGUGAUCGAAGUGCGUAAAGGCGCCUUUGAUUUCGAUAAUUCAGACAGCAAGUCUUUGAGCUGGACAGCAAUCCAGUUCUGGGCCGUAAUGAAGCAAUUGGCUGCUCAUGACUCUAUAAGUUAUGAUGAACUCAAAAUUCAUCCCCUCUUCAAGAGCGAUGAGGCACCAUUCAGCGCCAUGGAGCAAGCAGAGUUGAUCAAUAUCAGCCAUAAAAAUGGGCGUCCUUUUUCCGUACGGCCCGGAAAGCCGAUCUAUCGUGCGGCAUUCCACGAGAUUCUGUCAGAUCCGGGAUUUGCGGCUCUAAUGGAACUUGAGACGACCACAUUCUUGGAAAAGGCCGAGUCGGCGAAUGUGGCGAAAUGGGAAGGCGAACUCAAGGAGCUUUCAAAUCUUCUGCAUCAAGACGGGUCAUGGAUCUUUGGUGGAGGCAGGGUCCCGAAACAGGUUGAUAUGCGUGUCAAAUGGCUCAUGAACAAACUGGCCGACAGCCAUACUAAGAUUGAGAAAUAUGAAGUAGAGAUGGCUCAUGCUAAGAACGCUAUUGCAGCCCAGGCUAAUAUGCCCAAGCAUUAA